CUUGGAAGGCCCUCCCAGUGCUCCCCAUUUGUUUGUUGUUCCUUCCCACCUCGGUUGAACUGGUGCCAUGGAACUCAACACCGGUGCCCUGCCGCCACCGGGGUCGGCGGCCUACAGCACCCGGCACUCCUGGCCCUCGUGGAGGUCGAGUUCCUCGGUUCGCGUUCCUGGAGCGACUGCAUCUCCCCACCGCCUCAGCCUCACCCUCAGCCUCUGCUGUGCGCGUUGGUUCCGCCACCGCGCGGGGCGGUGCCACCGCGCGGUUCCAGAGGCGGAGGCGGUGGAGAGGCUGCGCGGGGUGGAUGAGCCGCUAAGAACCUUGGUCUUCCCGAAGCUUGAGGGAGCUCGCUGCAUCGCCCUGGUGAAGGGCCAAGUGGCACGAAGAGAAGAAGCCAUUCCGUGCCGUGUGCACUCGGAGCCUUCGGAGGUCAUGGGCUGUGUGGGCUCGGAUGAACUGGAGGAGGCUUGCUCAUCCUAUCAGGAGCCUUUUUUGCCACCUAGACCCUCACCCAUGUUGGACGGGGUUGCUGGCUAAACGUGC